UUUGCACUAAUACCUCUUCAACUCAUAGCUGGUUUUGUAAAGUCACCGCUGUCUCAAAAGAGACUGACUCAGGACAGCGUCGAAUUGUACUGCGAGGCGAUUGGCAAUCCUAUUCCUGAGAUCCAGUGGUGGUUUGAGGGAAGCGAACCAAAUGAGACCUAUGCUCAGCUUUGGGAUGGUGCACGGCAGGACCGUGUCAAAAUCAACGCCACCUACAACCUGCACUCUACCAGUACCAUCUACAUCGCAAACCUCUCAAUCGACGAUUCGGGCAUGUACGAGUGCCGGGCUAGCAACGACCCUGACCGCAACCACUUGUCGAAGAGCCCCAAAGUCAAGUGGAUCCGUUCCCAGGCUAACGUUUUUGUCAUCGAACGUCCAAACAUCGUAACUCUCGUAACUGUCAAUUCUGGCAAACUGGUCCUCUCCUGUAACAUGACUACGCCUUACGCUUCCAUUGAGGGCCAUGAGUGGAUGAGAGGAGACAAGAUACUUCAAACGGACACGGAAUCGAAUGCUUUCACCAGUUACACAAUUGAGGGGAAGAUGGAAGAGCACUCUGGAGUGUAUGAUUGCAUCUACAAAACAAGCCCAAUGAUAAAAGGACAAGUGAAUAUAUCAGUUCCACCCCAAGUGGUGGCGUACAAGAAGUCUGAGCAUGGAAAUGAGGCAGACACAGGAGUGCUGACCUGCAAGAGUUCCUCUUUCCCCCCUGUCGCUUCUUGGAUCUGGUACAAAAAUGGUCAAGAGCCUAUCAUCAAUGGUUCUGGUCGAUUCAUUAUCAAGUCUGGUAGCAACAAAACAGAGUUACGCAUUCUUAAACUGAAUAUAGAGGAAGAUACAGGCGACUACCACUGCAAUGCCACCAACUCCCUUGGCUUUGGUGGGGCUACAGUGAACCUGCGUGUACGCAGCCGUCUGGCAGCGCUCUGGCCCUUCUUGGGUAUUGUGGCAGAAGUCCUGGUUCUUGUCACAAUCAUCUUCAUCUAUGAGAAGAGGAGGAAGCCAGAUGAGGUUCUUGAUGAUGAUGAUGGAGGUUCUGCACCACUGAAAAGUAAUGCCACAAACCAUAAGGACAAGAAUGUCCGCCAGAGAAACGCUAACUAAGAGCAGGAGCCAGGUGACGUGUAGCUGAAGAACUUGUCUGGACAUUUUUUUCUUCUAAUUUUUUUUGGUAAAAUAGCACCACGAAUAUCCUAGUGCAUCCUUGCGAUUCAGUUAUUUCACUUUCUAAAGAAACUUAAGUUGUAGAAUCUAAAAUAUACUUUUUUUUAAAAAAAAGAAAGAGUUGUGGGAGGGUUUUUCUACCUAUAAAUGUAAAUCCCUUGUUGCUGGUAGUCUUGGUCACUGGCUGGCUGUCCUAGGUUUCUUCAUGUUACAGAGGGAGUGGGUGGGAGCAGAACCUACUUCUGUUCCUUAUCUGUGGGAAGAACAGGGUAUGUUGGGUAGGGCUCUUCUGAAAUGCCCUCUUUGCCCCACCUUAGCUUUUAAGAGGCCAUACAAGGAGGCAAGGAGAGCUGACCCUGAGCAUGAAAGUGAAAUGUGCACAGCUGCUUGUGUGCUAUUCUGUUGGAGGUGGCUGGUAUGGCCUGUGUUUCCAGUAGAUCUGCUGUCCUGUUUUGCAUCGAUCAGGAAGAAACUGCUUUGGUAACCUUCUGGAAGUGGCCUGACCUGACUGAAGGGAUUAGGAAACUAGUUAUGUGUCUUUCCCAGUGCAUCACCUGGAGCAAAGCUGCAUCUUUCCUUAGCUUUC